AUGACUGAAGAACUUACUGCUCUGACUCAGAAUCAUACUUGGGAUCUAGUGCCUUGUCCCUCUCACAGAAAACCCAUUGGUUGUAAAUGGGUCUACAAAAUCAAGCACCGUGCUGAUGGAUCCAUCGAACGUUACAAAGCUCGAUUAGUAGCUAAAGGCUUUACUAAGCGUGAGGGCUUUGAUUAUCAAGAGACAUUCUCACCAGUAGCAAAACAUGUCACUGUUCAUACUUUCCUUACAAUGGCUUCCAUUCAUGACUGGUCUCUCCAUCAAAUGGAUAUUAAUAAUGCUUUCCUUCAUGGUGAUCUUUAUGAAGAAAUUUGGCACAAAUUGACAUUCCUUUUGUAUCAUUCUUUUCAGCCCUUGAACAAGGAAGCUAAUGACAACUAUCUUAAACAAGAGUCCUGCAAGGUUUUUGAUGCAGCUUUCGAGGCAUUCUAUAGACUGUUCCCGAAUGGAAUGUUCGCUUAUUUCACUGUGAACUCGGCGAUUCUUGAGGCCAUACCUCAUGAUGCCGGGGUUCUGCACAUUGUUGAUUUUGACAUGGGAGAGGGCAUUCAAUGGGCUUCAAUGAUUGUGGCUCUUGCUCAACAACAGAAGCUGCUACAACAAUUCGGUAUUAUCUCACAACAAAUAACCUUAAAACUUACAUCAAUAAAGUGGAAAAAUGGAGAUUGUAUUUGUGGUCAAGCUCAUCCCCAUUUGAGAUUUGAGGAGACAAAGAAGCAGCUGAUUUGUUAUGCAAAUUGUCAUGACUUAAAGUUGAAAGUUGAAGAAAUGGAACUACAAGAUUUGGUAAGUGAGAUAAAGAAAACUACAAGAAGAGGAAGAAGGAGAGAAUGUGUAGCCUUCAAUUGCAUGUGGGCACUUCCCCACAUGAGGAGGAGAAGAAGAAGAAGGCAUGUUAUGGAGUUUCUAAAGGUGGCUAAGGAUUUUUUGGCCAACUCUGACAGUAAUAAAACUAGUAAUGAUAAAAACAAUGGUAUAAUUACUUUUGGUGAUGGAGAUACUUGGGAGAAAAUAGAAGAUUACUCUUGUUUUGGAUCAUUCUUUGAUAGUUAUCAGGAACAUUACCGAGCAUUGUUAGAAUCAAUGGAAUGGAACUUCCAUAAACAUCUUGCAGAAGCAAGAAUAGCCAUGGAGUGUCUCUUUGUGGCACCAUUUGCGUCUUCUGUUGCUUUGCUAGAAAAGUGGAAGGAAGUAAAAGAGGUCUACGAAUUUGAGGCGGGAUUUGGGCUGAAAGGGGUGAGAUUAAGCAGUGAGAGCUUAAUGGAAGCUAAAGUAAUGGCGAGAGAAGGUGAAAGUUUGUACACAAUGAGGAUUGAAGGUGAAAAUGCAAAUGAGAUGGUGUUGGAAUGGGGAAGAACUCCAUUAGUAAGAGUUUCUGCAUGGAGAUAG